AUGACGUCAUCCACCUUUGUUUGCUCUACGGUGACAGAGAAUUGGAUUGUGGAAAUGUCAAAGACAGGGUACCAGGGUGUGUCUAAGGCUCGAACUCUUGUAUCCGGAAGCAUAGACCAGGUGAAGGCAGGUGAACGAGCUCUCCACGCCCUCUCCCACGCCCACCUCCACGAUGACUACCACGCCCAUACUUCCCUCUCACCCACAGACUCUCCGCCCACCAGCACCAAAAAUCUGGACGCGACCUGCCGUACUGAUAGCGGUUUGUAUAGUGAAGACAGCGAACGGGACGACGACCCGAAAACUCCAGACAGAUCUUCUGACCACAUAUCAGCGUCAGAGGAUGACUUGUGGACGCCGCGCCGCCCCUCAGGAGGCGACUCUACCAAGGACUUUAAACAUUUAAUACGAGGAGGAACAGGCGACUCCAGCUCAUCCUCCAGCCCCAAGUCCCACUUCAGUUUGUCACCACAGCCUGAUAAUUUUACCUCUGAGUUGAUGAUAAUAGAGGAGGGUGACCUACCACAGUGGAAGGGGUCACCCUCGAAGGAAGGGGACCUAACACGGUGGAGAGGGUCGUCCACAAAAAACAGCGACUUGUCAAAGUGGAAUGGUGCCUCCUUGAGUGACACCUUCAUCUCCACCUCCUCCUCGACGGCGAUCAUCGAGGGGCUGGAGAGGGAGGUACUGUGGCUGCAGUAUACCCUCGACCAGGCAGAGAAGGAGUGUGAGGAGAAUAUCUCUAACCUAAAGCUGGUAGAAAUGGAGACACAACUGGGAGAUGUAAAAGGAGAAGUGGGAGGCCAGAGAGAUAAAUUCAACUCUUUAUCUGUAGAACACGAUCGGGUGUCUCCUCUCAAUUCUUUCGUCUCCUCCUCCUCCUCGUCCUCAUCCUCCUCCGCCUCCAACAGCUACCAGACACCCUCCUCCUCCUCCUCCUCCUCCCUCCUCCAGAAAACGGCAUCCCGGGGCCUCAACCACCCUUCCAGGAUCCUGCCACACUCCCCAGAAUGCCUCGAGGCCACGCUAGGCUGAGGGCAAGUACACACAAGGGGUUAAUACUAACUUUAACAUAUACGAAUCAUCAACCAGGGCGUCAAUACAUGGUCCCGUCGUCACGUAUCACACACAGGGUGAGACAUAAAAGGUAUAACUUAAAAUAUCAGCUAAAUUACAGGUUCUCGAGGAGGUCUUGCGUCAGUAGUUUUCUCAUAAGGGAACCAACUAACAUGUCAUCCAAGUUCUACCGACGUGAGAACCAUAAAGAUCUUUUCAUUGAUACAGAAAUAGGUUCAGGGAUACAAGUACAGACACAGAUACAAGAAUUAGUACAGCUGCAAAUACAGGUACAAGAAUGGGUUCAGCUACAAAUACAAUUAAAAGUACUAGCACAAGUACAGUAUAAAAACUGAUACAAGUAAAGUUACAGAAACAACUACAGGCACAGUUACAAGUUGGGUACAGAUACAAAUGCAAAUACAUGUACAGAUACAAGCAUGGAUACAGAUACAAGUACAGAUAAAGACAGUACAAGCACGAGUACAGAUAUUACAGGUACAGACACACGUACCAUACAGGCACAGAUACAAGAACAAGUACAGAUAUUUCAGCAUGAUAACAGUACAUAAACUUCCAUAAGAGUCAAAUGUGUAUUAUCAUGUUAAAUCAUCAUCCACUCAUCAUACUGAUACAUAAUUAUCACAUAUUAUUAUUAAAAUUAUACACAUAUAAAAUUAUCUGACGUUACUCGAAUCUCAAUUACUUUACACACUUGGUUAUUAAAUAUAUAUGUAACGCUUAUAUGAUUUUUUAGCUUACAAUAUCAAUAAUUCAUCCUCAUUACAUAAUAAUUCAAUACAUUAACUCGUGAGAUACUGUACUGUGUAGUCUGUGCUCUAAAUCUCGAGUUGAAUCCGUUUUCUGUUCACUAUCG